UGAGACAGCUUGCAACUAAACCCUCGAGACAAGCGCUUAUCUUAUCCAUUGGCUCAAUCAGAGCAAUCGCUCGUAAAAAAUUGUUGAAAAAUAGUUUUUCUUUAAAGUUUAUUUGGAGUAAAAAUUUUCCGAAAAAUCAACUGCCAGUUUGUUUCAAUCCCCGCAAAAAGAGUUAAUUAAUAUGGAGCAGAGCAGCAAAAACCAAGACUGUUAUUUCUAUUAUUACUCCACGUGCACUAAAGGUGAUAGUUGCCAUUUUAGACAUGAGCCAUCAGCAUUGGGAAUCGAAGUUAUGUGUACAUAUUGGCAGCAAGGCAAUUGCAUGAAUGAACAUUGCAACUUUCGACACAUGGAGCUUAAAAAAAAUCGUAAGUCAAUUCCGUGCUACUGGGAAAGCCAACGCGGCGGGUGCAAGAAGCCUCACUGCCCAUUUCUGCACACCCUUGACCGACCAGCUCCCAGUGAAGCGACUAUCAACCCUAGUAAGACUCCUGGACCAAAACCGGUCACUCAAGAAUGGUCUAAUCGUCCAGCAGAUGGCGAAAAAUUUGCAGAAGCCAGUGGCGAGAGUAGCGUAGGCCACGGGAGUAGCGAAUCAAGCAGUUUUAUCAGCGGGUCAGUGGUGGACCCCAUAAUAGUCCGGUUUAACGAAGAGACUGAUAAUGAAGGAAAUACCCCGUCGCCGCAGAAAUCAGCACAAGCGCCAUCUCCACGGCCGCCUUUGAACUUCCGUCGGCAGAAAACCUACGAGGAAGAAAGGAUUGAUGAGAUUGUUGAAGAAACAGCUGCGUAUUAUUCUUACCCAGUUUAUAAGCCAAUGGGAGAAGAGUAUGUGCCAUCUAGAAUUGUUCCCAAGAAGCUAAACACGGAAGAGAAGUGCAUGGACUUUGAAGUUCUGACUUUAGAAGAGAUAAAACGCCGUAAAAAGGCUAUUUUUGAGACUAACAGCUCAGAUUACGACUCAUUAGAUAAUCAAGUGACUUUAUCAGUCAUCGGUAAUGAAGAUUUAACACCAUCUGAUGGUAUAUUACCGACGGAAUCGAGAAAAAGGAAGAUUUUCGAAGAUCAACCUUCCAAGCCUAUUAAAUUAAAGCGCUCUAGCGCCAAAAAUUCUACUGUCGGUACAGAAGAUCAGACAGUCGGUAAAGAAGAUCAUAAACCAGGCGAUGCUGCAAAGGACAUCCAAUUGAGGCUGUGUGACAGCACUUCUGAUGGAAAAGAAGAAAACGGCAAGCAGGAGGAAGUAAGCUUAGAUGAUCCCCUAGAUGACGUUGGUGAUACUGCAGAGGCUGUUGAUGAUAUUAUGGACGAUAUUCAUCAGCUGCUUGGCGAGACGUGAUAUUUACUAUAUUAAACCCCUUAAUUUUCAUCAAAUACUCUCAGUAAGUGCCUCCAUUUUGUUUGUGAUUCUGCAUUUAUUUUGAGUAUUAUUUUUUGUAUUGUAUUGAAUUAAAAAGUAUUCCU